ACUUUAUCCCCUCUUGUCUUUUCUCUUUCUCCCUGUUUUUUGGCCCUCAUUGGUCACAAUCUUUCUGUUCAUAAUUCACGAUUUUAAUUACUGGAGAGGUCCGCUCUGUGCUUCAGUUUCACCUCUUUUACUGCGCAUUUCAUGCAUUUACUGAAGGAUUAAUAGUUCAGCCUCCACGUUUCUUGACCUUUUUCCCUGUUAAGUUUCACUUGCCAGGAUAAAUUUUUUCUCGUGAUUCUCCGCUUUUUACUGGUGAUCUUCUCAAGAUUGGUUCUGGGUUUUGCCUUCUGAAUUUCGGGCCCUGCUUUCCUGUUGGACAUAUCUGCAAUUCCUUCUGCAGAGUGGAAGUUGAGGUUUGUUUGGGCAAUACGGAGAGGUCAUUAGAACGUGAAAUAUGGAUUCAGAUAUGGUGUACAGAAAGUUGAAUGGUGGGCGAAGCACUCUGGCCAGAAAACCAAAUGAAACUAUGCGGGUUUUUAUAACCAUCUGUGUUGGAAUAAUGUUCGGUUUCUUCAUAGGAGUGUCAUUCCCGACAUUCCCAUUAACAAAGCUAAAUAUCACAUCUGCAAUACUUCAUGAUUUUGCAGUAAUUGGCAACAAAAGUGCAGCUAUCUCUACAGAUGACAUUCGGAACAUCUCUACCAAAAAUCAAGUUGUGAAGGAUGUAACAAAGAUUUGGGUCCCGUCAAAUCCGAAAGGUGCAGAAAGGUUGCCUCCGAACAUUGUCGCAUCUGAAUCAGAUUUAUAUCUACGAAGACUAUGGGGAUUACCUAGUGAGGACUUGGCUAACAAACCAAAGUAUCUGGUGACUUUUACCGUUGGGUAUGAUCAAAGGAAUAACAUUGAUGCUGCAGUGAAAAAGUUUUCGCAGAACUUUACCAUCCUCUUGUUCCACUAUGAUGGAAGAACGACCGAAUGGGAUGAUUUUGAGUGGUCGAAACGAGCUAUUCACAUUAGUGCAAGGAAACAAACAAAAUGGUGGUAUGCUAAAAGGUUUCUGCAUCCAGACAUUGUUGCCCCAUACGACUACAUAUUUAUUUGGGACGAAGACCUGGGGGUCGAGCAUUUUGACGCAGAAGAAUAUAUUAAGCUUGUGAGGAAGCACGGCUUAGAAAUUUCACAGCCUGGUCUGGAACCCACCAAGUCAACGACUUGGCAGAUGACGAAGAAAAGAGACGAUCGUGAAGUUCACAAGGAAACGGAGGAGAAGCCUGGCUGGUGCUCCAACCCCCACUUGCCUCCCUGUGCUGCAUUUGUCGAAAUCAUGGCUCCUGUCUUUUCUAGAGAUGCAUGGCGCUGUGUGUGGCAUUUGAUUCAGAAUGACUUGGUUCAUGGAUGGGGUCUGGACUUCGCGCUCCGAAGAUGUGUCGAGCCCCCUCAUGAAAAAAUCGGAGUUGUAGAUGCUCAGUGGAUUGUCCAUCAAACCGUCCCUUCACUGGGAAACCAGGGGCAAGUGGAAGAAGGAAAGGCUCCAUGGCAAGGGGUGAGACUGAGGUGUCGAAGAGAGUGGAACAUGUUCAAAGCUCGACUGGAAAACGCUGAGAAGUCGUAUUACAAGUCCAUCGGCGUCGACCCUUCCAAUUUCACGGGUCGCUAGUAAGAUAGCAUGAGAUAAAUAGCACAUAAACACCACAAUUGUUUGCUCAAUUAGGAUAGAACUGCUAAUAAGUCAAUAAUUAUAUUUGUAGAUUAGCAAUUUUCUUACAUGAACGUUAUAUUAUAAGUGCAUAUCAACUUUGAGGGAUCAUAUAUGUUCUACCGGUUUAUGUUGUCCAAAUAUUACCAGUUUUUUCCUCUCUGAGGAAUCAAACUGGAUUUCAGUGCUCUUUGCUGCCAUUUUCGCUAUGAGGGCUAAGACUUCCAUUUUCUUUCAA